AUGGGAAGUGAGAAUGGCAGCUGGCAGCCUGCUUUUGUUAUGUCAUUCGUGCCCCCAGAUAAAUAUUUUUUUGUUAUUAUCAAUAAAGGAAUAUCUGCUAUACUCAAAGGUGACCACAAGGUUCAGCUAGGCGAAUUUUACGAUGUGCAAUAUGCGUUCAACAGUCAAGCAAAGGAAGGGAACAGAGCAAAACAUCUUAUCUACGGGUUAAGACCGAUCAACCCGCUUGCUCAAGUCAGAACAGAUAUUGAUGACCUUGGUCGUACACAUGUCCAUUUAACCACAACAGCAAAAUUUGAAGGCUUGGUUGAAUCGAAAAAUAAACGAGUAGUAGCGAAACUCUUCAACGACACUUUUGGGCACUUCAUCGAUUUAGGAAAUAUGGUUCAACAACGAGAUAAACUAGUUGAAUUUGAAUUCAAAUGCAAAGCAUCAGAAAGAGACGAAUCACUCUCAAUCUUUGUACCGACUAGAAUCCUAGGCUAUUACGAUUUACCAAUUGAAGAAGAACCGCGUCCCUCGAGAGCCAAUGAGAGUGAACGGGAGUCUUUUAAUCGAAAUGUUGUUGGUUUUGUCUGUUCCAAAACUCAGAAAGAUGGCUCCCGAUAUGUUUGGUCUAAAGAUCUUGAUUUUGACGUUCGUUUGGAUUGGACAGUAUGUCCGGAUGAAGACGUCACUGGGAAAUGGGUGAAGGUUUUGGUUGAUUUUGUGAAAAGAAAAGUUGUAAACGAUGUACGCGUUGUGAGCGAUUUGUUCGAAUCUCGGUUGUACUGCGGGGUACCAGAGGUUCGCACUGAAUUCCACUUUUUCGAGUUCGAUAGAGAUGAACAAAUCGAUGUAUACAUGAGUUCAUACUUUGGUCGAAUUCGUGAUCCCCACCGUAUGAUUCAAUAUAACGAAGGUUAUGGAUCUUACUUUGGAUAUAUCAGAUUUGAAAGAGCGCCAUCGCGUGAAUCCCUUAACUAUAAAGAUCGUCCAGAUUCGAGACAGUCGUAUCAUUCAUUUGUUCCAUCUGAGCAUCCUCCGACUGACAAUAGAGCGUUCUACAACGAUUCUGAUCACUCAAGAAGCCAGAGUUUUCAGAGACAGAAUUCUUACUCCGAUAAUGAACAAAAUGCUGCCCAAGAAGAACCUUCUCGCGCAUCUUCCAGAGGUCAGACAACAUCGGAGGAAGAUAGUGGCGAUGAAUUAAAGAAUUUCUCUAACGAAAAUCCAAGAAAUGGAGUCACAUCGGACGAUGUCGUGCCGGGUAGUAGAAGACAAAUCAAUAAUGAAAGCAAUAUUAAUGGUGUGGAGGAUUCUGAGGAUGACGAAGAAGAUUAUCAAAGUCAACGAUCUCGAAAUGAUAAAACCAACCAGAGAUUAUCAAGACCACCGAUAACAGAAGCUUGUACUCCUCCCCGUCGCGACUGUGCUUCAGAAAGCAGUUUUUACGCCACUCCUAGUGGAUAUAUCAAUUCAACUUCUCAAAAGUCUUCACAUGCAAAUACUGAGCAACAAGAAACUAGACGUCUAAAAUUGGCAUCAGACAAAUACAUUGCCACACUCAAAUACUUGACAAAUCAUGAAUCAGUGACGACUGCUAUGAAAAUGUAUGAUCUACAACAAUACGAAGAGCUGAAGAAGUUUGAAAACGCACAAAAGUCUUCUGGCGGAUUGUUGUCUUUGCAGCAGCACUCAGAGACUGAAACAUCAGUUGAGGUUCUAGCACAGAAACAAAAAAAUUUAUAUGACACGCUUGUUUUAUUCAUUUCUUCAUCAGAAGUGUCUAUUGUCAUGAAAAACUACGACGCAGUGGAAUAUGAAGAACUUCUGAAAACUGUGAAUUCGGUGCCAUAUGAGUCUUCAACAUAUUCGUCUGAAGAACAAGAGGAAAAGAUAUUGAAAUUGAAAUGCGAGAUAUUAAUUCUCCAAACGCAAUAUUUCGCCGAGGACCCACAAGUUUUUGAAGCAUGGGAAUCGACCGAUUCUACCAAGUGUCAAUUUAUCUUGAAUGAAUUACGGCAAUAG